AUGAAAGAACUUCAAGAAGAAUUUGAAAAUAAUGGAGAGAAAUAAAGAUAAAAAUUUUUAAAGCAUUUCUAUGAGAUACUUGAUGUAUUGAUGUAAAUAUAUUUAAUAGAAUCCUAAAAAUGAUUAGAUCAUAAGAUGGCAUGAACAUGGGUUUGUUAUAUGGAAUGUAGAUGAAUUUAAGAAACAAUUAUUGCCUUCCAAUUUCAAACACAAUAAUUACCAAAGUCUGAUGAGAUAGCUUAAUAAAUAUGGAUUCAAAAUCAAAUCUAAAGAAAAUUAAAAAGCUUAUUUUACUCAUCCUACUAUUAGACAAAACAAUAGAGAAACAAUUAGAGUUUUAUAAAUCAAAAAGAGUUUAUAAAAAAUAGAUUACCAAAAAGAAUUAAAAGUCUUAAAAGUAUAAUUAGACAAUCUCAAAGAAGGAUAAAAGAUCUUAAAUAAAUAGUUUUAACUUUCAAUAAAAAUUAUGAUGAAAUUACAAUCCCAUUAUGCUAAAUUGAAUAUGGUAAUGUUAUUAGUAUUAUUUAGAUGACUUUGUAUACUGUUGGAUUUGCAAAUAUAUUUGGAAAUCUCUUAUAUACAAAUCAUAAGAGAAUAUGGGGUAAUAUUGGAGGAGAUCUUUUUCAGGUAUCAAAUUAAAAUCUAAAUAUAAGUUAUAACUUAAUUCAAUAGUUUAAGGAUUUCCUGAACUAUUAGAAACAAGAAUGCCAACUCCUUUUAUAAGCAAUUUAGGUACUCCAUUACCUUUUUAUCAAUUUAUUGGAUAAAUGAAGGAAUUCACAAGUUUACUUCUUUAAUGA